GUCGACUGGCGCAAGGUCGACGACGUGCUCACGCCCGUGAAGAACCAGGGCCAGUGCGGCUCGUGCUGGGCGUUCUCGACGACGGAGCAGGUCGAGUCCCAGUUCUACCUCGCGGGCGGCCCGCCCGUGGUGCUCAGCGCCCAGCAGGUGACGUCCUGCGCCAAGUACAUCGACGACCCCGAGGAGGGCUGCUGCUUCGGCUGCGGCGGCGGCGACGUCACCGUCGCGUACGACUACAUCAAGGGCGCGAUCGGCCUGUCGCCCGCGGCCUACUGGCCCUACACGCAGGCCCUCACGCCCGACGAGGAGUGCCUCGGCCCCUUCUGCACCAACGCCUGCGACAUGGAUUUGAGCGAGCUCGACCUCGGCGAGCUCGCGAAGACGAUCCAGGCGACGCCCGCGGCCGUCUGCGUCAACGCGGGCGCCUGGGACGAUUAUACCGGCGGCGUUUUGCGGUACGACGCGUGCUCCGGCGCCUACGCGGACAUCGACCACUGCGUCCAGCUCGUCGGCUACGACGCGACGGGCGAGGAGCCCUACUGGAUCGUGCGCAACUCCUGGUCGACGUCCUGGGGCGAGGACGGCUACAUCCGCCUCCAGAUGGACGCGAACACGUGCGGCGUC